AUGGAAGUGAGUAAAAAUCCGGGAGUGAACCUCUGCCAAGGAAAAGACCAACCUAAUAAAGGUAAAGGCAAAGGAAAAGGAAAGGGGAAACCAAAGGAUGGAAAGAAGGCAGCAUGUUAUGUAUGUGGCAACGAAGACCAUAUGUCUCCAAAAUGCCCAGACAGACUGUUACCAAAGAUGGAAUGGAAGAAUCAGGAUCAAUAUGUUGAUUAUAAGAAGAAGCUCAAUCUUAAUCAGAUUGGAGCAACUGUCCCAGCUACGGUCCCAGCUAUAGUUCCUGGAGCUUCAGCGUCCACAAGUGGAGCAUCAAGUGUUGCGGGAAGCGUUAACACACCUUUGCGACUUGCUGGUACUACAGGUAAUCAAAUGAUGGAAGUUCCUUCUGGAAUGCAGCUCAUGCAGAUUCCAACUCAAGGUGGCGGAACUGUUACUGUCCCUUACUCUAUGAAUGCUAACGGUGAGAUUGCGUUCAGUGGAAUGCAACUCAGCCGACAAGGCUUCAGUGGUGCUCAAGGAAAGGAUGAGAAUGGCAAUGAUGUCUAUCUUAUUCCAUGUCCUGCUGGUACAACAAAUGUCAAACUUCAAGUCGGCUGGCACUAUGCUAGUGAAGAUGAAGAUUUGCCUGAUCUUGCUACUGAAGCAGAUCGAGGUCUGCAGUUUAUUCAAAGCCGCAGAAAGGAAAGAGAUCCAUUUGGGUUUUACGAUCAUGUCAUCAUGGACGGUGGUUGUACAAACACCACCAUUUGUAAUGGUGAGCUUAUGCAUGGACUCUGUCAUGCUGAGAAGGAACUUGACAUGCACACUAACGUGGGUAGCAGAGUUGUCGACAAAGAAGGUUUUCUAGGAAGAUUUCCACCUCCAGUCUACCACGAUGAAGAUGGAAUUGCCAAUGUACUUGCUAUGCGCAAGAUGAUGGCUGUGGGAUACCGCAUUACUAUGGAUACUGAUGCUGACAAUGCUUUUAUUGUGCAUUGUGAUGGAAACCAAAAGAUGCGAUUUGUGAAUCGUAAGGGUGUGUAUGUGUUGGAGCAACUUGGAGCGAAUGUCAAACCAGGUGCCAAAGAGACAAGUGUGAUGUACCGUCGCCAGUUAAGCAACCUAAAUAAUCAACCCCAUUUCAAACUUUCUUCAAACAAACAGAAUGGAUAUGGUGGACUUGAGAUGACCUCCAAGAUGGCAACCGUUCAAAAGAACAAGGAAGGAUUCACUCCAAGACAAGUCAAGGCUGCGAUGGAGGCAAGAAGUGCAAUGCACAUACUCAAUGCUCCAAGCACCAAAAGUCUGAAGUAUGCAAUCCGAUCUAGUCUCAUCAAGAACUAUCCUAUCACCAAAGAAGCAAUCAAUCAUGCCAAAGCAAUCUUUGGACCUGACGCCUCUACAUUGAAAGGCAAGUCAACAAGACCAACUCCAAAGAAGAGGUACGACGACUUCUUCAGUCCACCAGAGGAAUUAUAUCAGCACAAUCGAUCUACUACUGUCUGUAUUGAUCACAUGGAGAUCGAGAAUGCUAAGUUUCUCACCUGCAUUGAUACCACUGUGCGUUAUUGCUCAUGUAUUCCUGUGCAGAUCCUGAAGACUGACCCUGUAUUUGAAGCAUUGGAUAAGAUAUUCCGCCACUACAACAAGGCAGGCUUUCAAGUCAAGAUCAUCAAGUGUGAUUGGGCGUUCAUUCCUCUCACGGAUGAUGUGCUAGACGAUAUGGGUGUUACUAUUGACCUGACUGCAGCUGGAGACCACGAGCCUACCGCUGAGCGAAACAAUAGGACGCUGAAAGAAAGAGUCAGAGUAGCUCUUGCACGAUUACCCUACAAAGUGGUUCCAAAAGUGAUCACUGAAUGUCUUGGACGUUGA